GAAUGAAAUCACAAGUGAAACACAGUAAGCAAACCACCGUUACAAUUCUCAAAUCUAUUUAUUAUUCUCCCAUUGAAAUUCUAAAUCGUGAAGCUGCAAUGUCGAAGCCUACUUAUAAAACAUACUCCAGCGACAAAGAAUAUGCCAGCAGAAGCAGAUUAACGUCAGAAAAGCCCAACAGUGUGUUGGCUUAAAAUUAACUGUUCCCAAUCUAAUUAUUGCCUUCUGUUUUUAAACUCUGAACAAGAUAUUGAGAUUGUCAAACGUUGGAGCUACGAAAAUAAUGAUGGAGCUCCAACGGUUAAAUUUGAAGAACAAACUGACAUGCCUGCUUGAGAAUUGCAAGAGCUUGAGAGAGCUGAAGCAGAUACAUGCCCACAUCACAACACCCCCUCACCUCUUUACAACUGACCGUUGCUUCCUAAUCUCUCGCCUUAUUUUCUUCUGCACAGUUUCUCAAUCAGGGUCCCUCACCUAUGCCAACGCCGUAUUCAGAUUCGUCCCUCGCAAAACUCUCUUCAUUUACAACUCCAUGAUCAGAGCUUACGCUUCAAGAAUCCUUGACCCCACUUCAUUUCAGCCCUUAAUUUUAUACAAACAAAUGCUCUUUGAUGAUAUUACACCUGACUGUAUUACAUUUCCCUUCGUGUUAAAACAUUGCGUGAACAGAGUUGAUGAAUUCGUCGGACGAAGUGUUCAUGCCCACGUUGUUAAGUUUGGGUUUCUUAGUGAUGUUUUUGUGCAGAAUUCUUUGAUAAGUUUGUAUUCACAAUGCGGGUCAGUGGGAAUUGCAAGGAAGGUAUUUGAUGAAAUGUCAAAUCGGGAUAUUGUUUCGUGGAAUUCUAUGGUUAUUGGGUGUCUGCGAAACGGAGAGUUGGAUAUGGCCUUAGAGUUGUUUAGGAGGAUGAAGAAGAGGAAUAUUAUUACUUGGAAUUCAAUUAUCACGGGGUUUGUACAAGGAGGGAGGCCAAAAGAAGCUUUAGAAUUCUUCUAUGAAAUGCAAAUUUCAGGUGAUGAUAUGGUUAGUCCAGAUAAAAUGACAAUUGCUAGUGUAAUCUCAGCUUGUGCUUCUCUUGGAGCAGUUGAUCAAGGUAAGUGGGUGCAUGAUUACUUGAACAGGAGUGGAAUGGAGUGUGAUAUGGUGAUUGCCACAGCAUUAGUAGACAUGUAUGGCAAAUGUGGGAGUGUUUCUCGAGCACUUGAUGUUUUCAAGGCAAUGAAAAAUAAGGAUGUUUUGGCAUGGACAGCUAUGGUUUCUGCUUUUGCUCUUAAUGGGAAUGGCAGGGAAGCUUUCGAGCUUUUGUUGGACAUGGAAGAGGCUGGAGUGAGGCCUAAUGCUGUAACUUUUACUGCUUUGUUGUCUGCUUGUGCGCAUUCUGGCAUUAUAGAGAUAGGGCGAAGGUGUUUUGAUGUGAUGAGGCAUGCUUAUCACAUAGAGCCACAAAUUCAACACUAUGCUUGCAUGGUUGAUAUUCUUGGUCGAGCUGGUCUCUUUGAUGAGGCAGAAGGGCUAAUCAGAAGUAUGCCAAUGGAGCCAGAUGUUUUCGUUUGGGGUGCACUACUUGGUGGCUGCCAAAUGCACCGAAAUUUUCAGUUAGGAGAAAAGGUUGCUCGGCAUUUGAUUUCUUUGGAGCCUCUGAACCAUGCUUUUUAUGUUAAUCUUUGCGAUAUAUAUGCCAAAGCUGGUAGGUUUGACCAUGUUAAGGAGAUUAGAGCCCUUAUGAAGGAGAAAGGGAUUGAGAAGACAGUUCCUGGAUGCAGCAUGAUUGAAGUUGAUGGAGUUGUCCACGAAUUUUCUGUAAGAGAUUCACCUCAAGUUUUGAUGACAGAAAUAAAGCAUGUAUUAACUAGUUUGAGUGAUGAGAUGGGAAGGAGAGUUAAUAUGAUCCCUUCUCUGGAAUGAUGAGGAGAUAAUUUUAUUAACAUGUGAAAAUACUUACUGGUUUUUCAACAAUAUGUCCUCAGAGCAUGGUAUUCCAUCUGAAGACAUUAGCAGUCGCACUUUGGCUAUCCCACACUUAUGGUUCAUCCCGUGGAGGCUUGAUGACCUUUGCAUUGAUAUUGCUUGUCUGGUUUUACAGUCAACGCCAGUCAGUAUCACCAUAUCAGAAGAUUUUUUUUUGGCUCGUACCACUGUAUCCUUGAUGACCAAACUGGCUAGGGAUCUUGCAGCCUGCUUUGGCUUCUAAGUAUUUCAUGCCCCAAAAUGAAGAAAGAAAAGGCAGCUUAACAUCUCAUUCCCACUGAAAAAAAGGAGCUCUUUAUCCAUGGACGUUCCAUCUAUUCCUGCUACUCUCACAGUAACAACAGCAUUGGCUGUUAUCUUAGCAGCAUGUUUGUUCAAACAUAUCUUCAAUGGGUCAGCAAACAAAGGAAAGUACCAUCCUGUUGCUGGAACAGUCAUCAACCAAUUGCUGAAUUUCAACAGGCUGCAUCAUUACAUGGCAGAACUGGCAAGCAAAUACAAGACCUAUAGGUUGCUUUAUCUUUUCCGAAGUGAGGUUUACACCUCAGACCCUGCUGUGGAGUAUAUUCUGAAAACCAAUUUCCCCAACUAUGGCAAGGUAAACAUGUUAUGCUCACCCCACCCAAAAUCUUCCUCUUUCUGCCCUUAAGAUCAUUUUUGAGUCAAGCAUAAAAGAUUUGCAUUUCAUUUCUGGAGGUUAUGAGAGAAGUGUAAUGCUACAUCCUUUUGAUGCACCUUAGUAAAUGAAUCACCUGUUGUCUCUAGUUCCCUUCCUUGUUAAUUUCACAAAAAAAAAAGAAGUUUUUAAGGAUUUA